CCCGGGACCACCCCGCGCCCCGAGCCGUCGGGACUCCACCCUGGGCUUUCGACAGCUGGCGAGGCGGGCCGGAGGCGCGGACAGCUCCGCGCUCCGCCACCAUGGGCAGCGCGGGCGCGGAGGACAAGGACAAAGAAGCAAUAGAGGCGAAAAUCCCACAGAGCCACCAGGAUGUGAUGCCCAACGAUGAGCAGUAAUUACUGCAGCAACACUUCAGCCAGCAUGAGUGUCAAUGAAAUGUCUGCCUUCCCUCUGACUUUAGAGCAAAAGACUGGUUUUGCCUUUGUGGGGAUUUUGUGUGUUUUCUUGGGACUUCUAAUUAUCAGAUGCUUCAAAAUCUUGCUAGACCCCUACAGCAGUAUGCCUUCUUCCACGUGGGAAGAUGAAGUUGAGGGGUUGGAUAAAGGAACAUUUGAAUAUGCUCUUGCAUGAAAACUCACAGAAUAUCCUGCCUUAAAUUUGAUGUUGAUUUCAUUUUGGAAACCAACUGUUGUUACAUUUGUUAUACAUACCUGCAUUUUGGAGAUAUGUCGGUGGCAUCCAUUUUGUUAAAUAAAUAUUUGUUGCAAACUCAAAA